AUGGUCUCGCUUUACAAUGCCUCCAUCCCCAUGAUGCUCAAAUAUCUGGGCAAUCUCAAAGUCAUCCUCACAAAAGCUGAACAGCACUGCAUCGCCAAAGGCCUCAACCAAGAAGAGAUGAUCAAGUUUAGACUCAUCGAGGAUAUGCGAAGCCUCGACUACCAAGUCCAAUCAAUCUCCAACACCGCAAAAUUCCUCGCCACCCGCGUAGCUCGAGCCCCAGACACCUACUUCCCCGACGACGAAACCACCUUCCCCCAACUUCAAUCCCGCGUCGACGCCACCGUCGCCAUCCUUGCCGCCCUAGACCCGGAAACCUCCAUGCCCGCCGGCCGCGAAGACGACGAGAUUCUGAUGGAGACGAAAUCCAUGGGAACCUUCCGCUUCACGGGCUACUCGUACGUCGUCCAGUACGCCUGCCCAAACUUUCACUUCCACCUCGGCUCUGCCUACUGCAUCCUCCGCCAUCUUGGGGUGCCCCUGACGGCCUUUGAUUACCUCGACACGCAGCGAGAUCUGUUUGUCAAGGUCGAGGAGAAGAAGCAAGAAGAAGCCUGA